UGCGAGCGCGCACACAGCGAUCAGGUGAUCUGGAGUGAAAACUUAGAUAUCAAUUGUUAACACUUUCUGACUAUGCAGCCUACAGGUUGGACGUUUAAUCAGCCGAAUCUCGUCCCGUUUGAGCGCUAUAUUUGAACUGAAAACUAAAAAAACUUCACAAAUUAGAACUUGCUCUGGGAGGCAGGACGGAUUUAUUCCAUUCGCCUGCGGGUUUUCGGACAGCAAAGUGGUGUCUCUGUUGCAGUGUUGAUGUUGGUGUCGAUUCGUCUCUGUUACCUGCUCCAGUCUUCUCACAGCUCAGCCAGGCAGGCCAGGCCAGCUCCACCCCGCCCGACGUCAGCGAGUUGCUCGAUCGCUGCUAGCUGCUUUCAUUGCACCGUCUACUUUUUUGGCGGCCUCACAAGAUCUCUAAUCUACAUAUUCGAAUGAUUGAAAUGGUCUUUGACUGAGCCACAUGUACAGUAUUCUGCCAUCUUUGAAUUAGUACCACAAUGCCUGAAACAGAAUCUGAAGAAAACACAGUCAAUGCACAGGACGAAAACCAUGAAACAAACAAAUGGACAAGGAGACGAAACUUGUCUUCAUUCUGGAUGCUUGGGCUAUGUAACAACUAUGCCUACACCAUUAUGCUGAGUGCAGCUUUUGAUAUCCUGGGAGAAGUGACCGCUUCACCUACCGAACCUCCUCCAAUCCCAUCGCCUAGUGUAAACUGGACUGACCUCAACAAUACAUCUCCAACCAUCAACCCAUAUGAUUGUAAUCCCACAAGUACUGCAGUCAUCUUAGUGGCUAAUAUUCUUCCAAGUCUUUGUAUCAAGUUAAUAUCGCCUUGGUUUGCAGAUCUCAUUUCUUAUGAUGUACGGAUAGGUUUCUGUGUCUUCUCCACUGCUGCAAGCCUUAUCAUUGUCGCCGUUGCCAAAAACCUUCCAUUGAGUAUAAUAGGUGUAAUAUUUGCAUCUGCAUCAUCUGGUUUAGGAGAAUUUAGUUUCCUGAGUAUGGCGACAUUCUUUGAUGAAGAUGUUGUAUCGACAUGGUCAUCAGGAACAGGAGCUGCAGGAUUGUUUGGCUCACUUAGCUAUGCCGGACUAAUAGCUGCUGGUCUAUCCCCACGUACCACAAUACUUGUCAUGCUGAUUAUACCAAUACUCUUGGCAGCUAGUUACUGGCUGGUUUUGGUGAGGGUGCCAGCGAUACAACAUUGUUCUUGGAGAAGGCAGUCCAAUAUUCAGUACCCUCGACUGCUCGACGAGACAAAAGACGAUGAGAGGGAGGAUACAGAUAUUCAAGAUGAAGAAGUCGUACAUUUGUCUUGGAGAGGGAAGUUAGUUAUCAUAAAGUCCAUGCUUUACCUGAUAAUCCCAUUGAUAAUUGUCUACAUGGCUGAAUACUUCAUCAAUCAGGGACUUUUUGAACUGGUAUAUUUCCCUGAUGCUUGGUUAUCACAUGAGGCUCAAUAUAGAUGGUAUCAGGUUCUAUACCAAAUUGGAGUGUUUGUCUCAAGAUCAUCAGUUAACAUUAUUCCUAUACAGAGAACAUGGAUUCUUGCAGUUCUUCAGGUUGUGAACGUGAUUAUCUUCCUGACCCAGCUGUUCUACUUCUAUAUUCCUUCUAUCUUCAUCGUCUUUGCUCUCAUCUUAUUUGAGGGGUUGCUAGGCGGGGCUGCAUAUGUCAAUACCUUCUUCAUCAUUAGGAGAGAAGUUGCUGUGGAUAAGAGAGAAUUCGCCUUGGGUGCUGCUACAGUAUCUGAUGGAACUGGCAUAGCAAUCGCAGCGGUUUUAGCAGUGCCUACACAUGCAGCCUUCUGUAACCGAGUGAUGGUGAAAUAGACGUCAUACUUGUUGGUUCUUGGAGUGUGUUUCCACAAGAUUUCAAAAUACUGGGCAAGUCAAAGGUACACAUAUGUCCCAAACGUUACCAAAUUGCCAUAUGGAAUUGACAUCAAUUAUUUGAAGGUUUGUCUUAUUCAAGCUUUAGUAGAGCUAUCAGCUGGAUACAUUCAUUCAAUAUGCUUUAAAAAAUCCUAGAUCUGGAUGGGAACGUAUGGGACGAAAUAGCUUGGACUUACCCUGC